CUUUGGCUCCGCCCACCCACUGCCCUCCCUCCUCCUCCUCCUCCCACUGUUCCCCCUAGAAGCGACCCGAACGAACCCGACCGGCGACGCCUCCACCACCACCGAGGCCUCCACCACGUAUUUCCCACAGAUUUCUGCAGGAAUCCAUCCAAUUUGCGCCCUCUCCUUUCCGCCCGGUCCAAUUCGCGUGCAAGUUUUGGGGGAAAACAGAGAUUUUCUCGCCUUUCGCUUUACCCCCUUUCCCUUUUGACCCCGCGCGGUUCUUCUUUUUACGGGCGCCGCCGAUCGGAAAGGCGCGGUCUUCUUCGUGGAUUUCGGCUCCGGAUUUGAUCUGGUUGAUGAAUGAUGGAUUUGCGGGACUUCUUUAGCGCGGUUUGAUCGGGGGCUUGUUCGGCCAAUCCGUUAUGAUUAAGCAAAUCCUGGGCAGGUUACCCAAGAAGACGGCCAAGUCCGGGGAGAAGGAUUUCGCCGGAGCCGGCUCGUCGUCCCUGUCAAGCCCCACGGCGGAUGCAAGAACCACCACAGAUUUGACCAUGUCUAGUAGGAUUGGCAAUCCGAACAAUUAUGUCACGAAUCCUGGGCAGAGUUACAGUAACAGGAACGCUGGUGUUGGUGCGGGUGCCAGCAAUGGUUUCAUGGCCCCGCCUGUGUAUGAGGCGCUCCCGAGCUUCCGGGAGGUGCCGCCUUCCGAGAAACCUGCCCUGUUCCUCAGGAAGCUCUCCAUGUGUUGCGUGGUGUUCGACUUCUCGGACCCCACCAAGGACGUGAAAGAGAAGGAGGUCAAGAGGCAAACAUUGCUUGAGCUGGUGGAUUAUGUCACCUCUGCCACCGGGAAAUUCCCAGAGUCUGUCGUGCAAGAGGUCGUCAACAUGGUAUCCACAAACUUGUUCCGGGGCCCGAACCCCGCCCCAAAGGAGAACAAGGUAAUCGAGUCAUUUGAUUUGGAGGAGGAAGAACCUGUCAUGGACCCGGCAUGGCCUCACCUGCAGAUUGUCUUCGAACUGUUCUUGAGAUUUGUUCAGUCUCCAGAGACAGAUGCUAAGAUGGCCAAGAGAUAUGUCGAUCAGGGUUUCAUUCUCAGGCUGCUAGAUCUCUUUGACUCAGAGGAUCCUAGGGAAAGGGAGUAUUUGAAGACAAUACUUCACAGGAUAUAUGGGAAGUUCAUGGUGCACCGUCCAUUCAUCAGGAAGGCAAUUAACAAUAUAUUCUACAGGUUUAUAUUUGAGACAGAAAAGCAUUAUGGGAUUGCAGAGCUGUUAGAGAUUCUGGGCAGUAUAAUCAAUGGUUUUGCUUUGCCACUCAAGGAAGAGCACAAAUCGUUUCUAGUCCGUGCGCUGAUUCCACUCCACAAACCAAAAUGCGUUAGCAUGUACCAUCAGCAACUGUCAUACUGUGUCACUCAGUUCGUUGAGAAAGAUUGCAAGCUUGCUGAUACCGUUAUAAGGGGUCUACUUAAGUAUUGGCCAAUCACAAAUAGCUCAAAGGAGGUGAUGUUUUUGGGCGAGUUAGAGGAAGUAUUGGAAGCUACUCAGUCAGCAGAAUUCCAGAGAUGUAUGGUGCCACUUUUCCGACAGAUUGCCCGCUGUUUAAAUAGCUCUCACUUUCAGGUGGCAGAGAGGGCUCUGUUUCUGUGGAACAACGAUCAUAUUGAGGGUUUGAUCAAACAAAACAGCAAGGUGUUACUGCCCAUAAUCCUUCCUUCAUUAGAACGAAAUACAAAAGGUCAUUGGAAUCAGGCAGUGCAAAGCUUGAGUCUUAAUGUUCGCAAAAUAUUCUUGGACCAUGACCCUGUACUCUUCGAGGGGUGCCUCAAGAAGUUUCAGGAUGAUGAAGCUCAAGAAGAUGCGGUGCGAUCAAAACGUGAUGCCACAUGGAAGCGCCUAGAGGAAAUUGCCUCGUCAAAUCCACAAGCAGGGAGGCCACAGGCAAUAGCUCAUCAGCAGGGUUCUUCUACCUAACCUCCUAGCUGACUUGCAUAUGAGCCGCUCUUUCUCAGGAUCAAGUUGAAUCGCUGACAUGAAUGCUCAUGGACGACUGCUUGCCUCUUGGUACUUGUUCCUAAACAUCUUACAGGCUGACAUGUAAAUACGACCUAGAUGAUGGACCGUGAAGCUUUAGUGCUGCUCUUGUGUUCUGUCGGUUGCGAGAUCAUGAAUUCAGUUUCAUCGUCGAGGGGCGAAGUAAGGGAGGCAAAUUACCCGUCCUGGCUUAUAUAAGGUGCAUGUGCUGCAACAGGUCUAUGUGCAGCCUGCAGCUCAAGGAAUAGGUCGAGUGGCACUCGCACUUGCUUGCCGGUGCUGAUUUUUCUGAACUGUAAUGCGUUAUGUAUGAACAACUUCUCGUCUUUUGUCUUUGUAAUAUGUACCGGUGUACAUUUGUUUGCUUCAGUAGACGUAUACACAAACCUGGAAGCAGGCAGAGGUUUUCUUUACUUUUCAAAAAUCAGCUUCUAGUAAA